AUGUCCCCUCAUAAUAUGUCCACAUUCCUCCUUGCCUUCGCUGGCAUAGCGAUUGCUGGCAAGAUUCAACACAGACAAGUGGACUGCUCGACGACGAAAACCCUCGACACCAUCACCGUCACCAGGGUAGAGCCAAUAUCCAUCUACAUACUGCCCGGCCAACAACCUGCCCCCACAGAGACCGGCAGCGAUAAAAUCUUCACAGCAGUAUACACGACUGUCUAUCCGACCUUCUAUCCAGAAUGCUCGCGGGGCCUGAGGCCGCAGACGUAUACCAUCACGCAGACCUGCAGGGGUUCCAUCACGUCGUGCCACGGAUACGGGGAUGAGCUGCCACCUGGCUUUACUACUACCCAAACAACCUGCACCGAAGGUCCUACGCCCCUUGCUGCGGUCCUCACCGUGCCUCAGCAGACCGAUGAUGUGGUCACUACCACCAUCCAGCAGGUCGUCACCGGGCCUGGUUUGACCUCGACCCGCUUAGUCACCAAGACGUGCCUCGACGGUCCUUGUCUGCCGGAUAUCACGGCCGCUGCUAUCCCCGGCAAUGUCACACUUGACGAUGGCUACGUUGGGUCCGCUACUACAGUAACCAAGACUGAAACUGACAGGGCGACGGCCACUCAGAAAGAAACCGCUACCGUUACAGUUGAUCCCGAGUUUCAACCAGGCAACUUGAACAGCGGUGCUGGACACAUUCUCUCCUCGGACAAACUCUUGACGUUUGUCUUCAGCUCAUUCGCUCUCAUUUUCCUUAUGUCAACGUAG